GACUGGAACUGCAACAAUGGGGCGCGCAGAGAGGAAGGCGGAAGCGCGAGAGGAAAUUCUCCGGCGAGAACAGAACCGGGACCGGCUCCGGCGGGUGUGUGUGAUCCUGCACAAGCCGGCCGCAGACAGGAGCCCAGAGGAGAGUGAACUGCUGGGGAAAUGUGGGGACUUGGUGCACGAAUUGGAGAAACGGAGGCUGCAUGUGGAGAGGCGGCGGCACCGGGAACAAGAGGUGCUGGAUGAUACUGAUUUGCUGAGGGAAAAGGUUCUUCAGUUGGCAGGUGCCUUUCGUGCAGCAGAACAUGUUGUUAUCUACACGGGGGCUGGAAUUAGCACGGCUGCAGCUAUUCCAGAUUAUCGAGGGCCAAGCGGUGUAUGGACACUUCUGAAUAAGGGCAGGACUGUAAAUGCAGGGGAUCUAAGUGAAGCCCAGCCUACUUUUACUCACAUGUGCAUUGUGCGGUUACACAGUGCAGGGCUGGUCCAGCAUAUUGUGUCACAAAAUUGUGAUGGGCUACAUCUUCGUAGUGGGUUACCAAGAGAAGCCAUCUCUGAAGUUCAUGGAAAUAUGUUCAUUGAGGUCUGCACCUUAUGUUCACCGCAAAAAGAGUAUGUGAGAUUGUUUGAUGUAACAGAACGCACAGCUCUUCACAGGCACAACACAGGGCGCUUCUGUCACAAUUGCGGUGCUGAACUUAGAGACUCCAUUGUUCACUUUGGAGAACGGGGGAAGCUGACACAGCCAUUAAACUGGGAAGGAGCAGUGCAAGCUUCUGAGAAAGCUGAUGUAAUAUUAUGUCUUGGUUCAAGUCUAAAGGUCCUGAAAAAGUAUAGCUGCCUCUGGGGCAUGAACAGGGCUCGUGCACGUCGGCCAAAGCUCUAUAUUGUGAACUUACAGUGGACCCCUAAGGAUUCAGUAGCUACCCUUAAGAUUAAUGGCAAGUGUGAUGAUGUUAUGCAGAUCUUAAUGGAAGAAUUGAAUUUAAAUGUUCCUGUUUAUGACCGGUCUCAGGAUCCAAUAUUCUCCUUGGCUGUCCCAUUGCACUCCAGUGAAGAACAAAGCCAUACUCGAAAGCCUAUAAAGACUGCAGAUUCACACAACAUAAUACCUGAGCAGGAGCAGCCUGUUGUUGAGCAGCCAGUAAGUGGCGGCUGGUUUGGUAAAGGAUACACCAAGGGUCGGAGGAUGAGAAGAUGAUGAAUCGAGGGGUCUCUCUUCCCUUAGUAAACUUGCACAUCUGCACUAUAUAUGGCUGUUUGCACAAACAAAAAAAUUAAGCUGUAUAAAAUGUUCUUAAAAGAUAUUUUAUUUUCCUAAAGUAUUUUUUUAAACUGCAAAUAUUAAGUAAACAUUGAAAAUCUGUUUAAAGCUG